AAUCAUGGAAGUUAUAACUAAUACCCUGGAAAAAAAUGACUUGGAACCUCAAUUUAUUAAUGAAGUAAUUCUUGUUGGAGGUGCAUCACGUAUUCCAAAACUUCAAUCCAAACUUCGGGAAUUAUUUAUAAAUCAAAGUACUAUCAUUCGACAAGAUUUUGAACCGGAUGAAGUAGUUGCUUAUGGAUGUGCUUUUCAAGGAACCUUGCUAGCUAGUAUAGAUGAUGAAAUAAUCAAUAAUAGUAUUAAGACUAUAUCUUCAUCACAUUUGUCAAAACCUAUUGGUGUAAUAAACGCUAAGAAGGAAUUUGUGACGAUUAUACCAGAGAAUACACCUUUACCGGUUCGCC